UGCCCGACAGAGAUUGAUUACACCAUCAAAUAGUGCCUUGCUCGGUUUCAGACGUAAUGUGCGCAGGUCUGUACUGCGACCAUAGAAAGAUCCACUAAAGCGCUACAAAUGCACAUUUUCCUGAUAAAGAAACGUGGCUGUUGACUUUACCUCUAUUACGUCCCGGUAAGAGAGCAAAAGAGCACAUUCUUUAAUCCGAUUUAUGUGUAUUGGUAUCCCAGGAUAAGUGGCGCAUUGAUCCACUGUACAAUUUUUGCGGGGGUAAAUAUAAUCACGUGUCGGCGAGGCAGCCAAUAGCAGCCAGGGAAGCGUUGAGAAAUAAUUACCUGCCUUGAUUGUUCUAUGGCUAGAUAAAAAAGUACACAUACACUCCAUAUAAUAAUCGGAUGCAUGUAAAAGAGUCGGGGAGGCUUCGACAUGUCGACCACGGGUCCCAUAAGUAAUUAUUAUGUGGACUCCUUGAUCAACCAUGAAAACGAGGAUGUCCUUGCUGCAACUCGGUUCUCGGCUCCCGGUUCGCACCCAGCCGGCCCUCGACCGACGUCCCUAGUACCGGAGUGUGCUGACUAUCCUUCCUGCAGCUUCGCACCCAAGGCACCCGUCUUCUCCACCUCCUGGGCCCCUGUGCACUCCCAGUCAUCAGUGGGUUACCAUCCAUACAGUCACCAACCUCACUUAGGCACAGACUCGAGGUACAUGCGGUCAUGGCUGGAGCCGAUAUCAGGCGCCGUGCCUUUCCAUGGCUAUCCGGGGAACAGCAGGCACUAUGGGCUGAAGCCCGACGCGUUUCAGGAGCACAGAGCCGGGGAGUGUCUCGGCUCCAGCGGACGGACCUACGCGGAUUAUCUGUAUUGCUCUUCCACUGACGUGCGAGACAAGGCGCACCAGAAUAUCCCCUCUCCCGAGUCGGAGCUCUUGGCUUCAGGGAAACAUAAAGACGAGAAGCCGGAGCUAGAUCCGAAUAACCCAGUGGCAAAUUGGAUACAUGCCCGCUCUACAAGGAAGAAGCGAUGCCCUUACACAAAGUACCAGACUCUCGAACUGGAAAAGGAGUUUUUGUUCAAUAUGUACCUAACUAGAGACCGCCGAUUCGAGGUCGCUAGGGUACUGAAUCUGACCGAGAGGCAGGUCAAAAUCUGGUUUCAGAAUCGGCGCAUGAAGAUGAAGAAAAUGAACAAAGAAAAGACCGACAGCAAAGAGCAGUAAUGUGGACUGCAGUCAGAAAACUACUAUAAUAACCACUAGUCACAUGGACAGCACAGAUGUACCAAAAGUCACGAUGAAACUUCCCCUCUCCUCCUCUUCGUCAUAUUUAUCACUUUGUUGGAUUUUGUAUUAACGUUAACCUCGAGACUGUUCAAUGCUGAUUGCUAUUUUCCAGCGCACAUUUUAUGCGUCAAACGUUAAAGGGAAAAAAAAAAAACUUUUAAGGAGAUAAUAACAUUCUGCUUUAACUUCGAAAUACUUUUUUUUUUUUUUUUUUUUUGUAUGAGAAAUUAUACACGUGCUGUUUGGACACGUUAAACCUGUCUGAAGAAAGAGAAUACUUGAAUUCAUUUGAAUUUCACAAAUCCAUAAUUUAUGAUGUGAAUGUUUUUUUUUCUUUUCAUGUUUAUUUCCUUUCUACGCUGUUGUGCAGGUGCAGUAUUUUGUACAGAAACAACAUCUGCGGUCGAACUUACAUGUCUUGUAUUUUUUGUGAUAGUUGUUGCUGUAUUUGUGCAUUUCUUUUGACUGUAGCCUACUAGUUUAACUGUAGAGUGUAGAUAUAGAUCUCUGCAAAUAUAAACAUAAUCACUGAC